AUGAUAAAAGUUGGAAGCAAGAUGCACGCGUAUUUCUGGUUUUACGAAGAUGACCAAGCCAAGUCGCAAGUGCAUUCUGCAGUCGGUAGAAUAUGUCGGUCUGAUAUGGGUGGUCCGCGACCGUAUCAAAACGUUUGGACGUCGUUUGUGAAAAGUCGUUUAAAAUGUUCAAAUUUUGACAAGAUAAUAAGCACUGCAAGUCCAGUAUCAGGCCGCUAUUUUGGUUUGAAGGAAAGCAAUACAGUAGUAUACGCAAUUUUUAAAGCCGUAUUAGCCAACUUAUCAAUAUCGGCGAUCUGUGCUUUUGACUUGACUCGUAUGACUGAAGUUUUCCAAACUUCUUCAUUUUAUCGUACAAAAACCACAAGUUUGUGGAAUGAAGAUACUGUUUCAAAGUAUCGAGCUGGUAAUCUAUUACAUCACUUUAGCCAGUUUUUUUAACA